CCUGUGUGUUCUUCUUCUCCCCCGUUGUCUAUUUUCUCCUCUCCACAGCCGCCACCACCUCCAAUCACUUCCUCCACUAUUGCCAUCGCCGCCGCCGCCGCCACCACCACUCUUGACAACUUGUAUACACUUCAAGAAACCAUACUGCAGCCCAUCUUUUUCUUCAAAUACCCAUCCAACUUAAACCCUUCUGAAUUUCUUCUACUGCGUUUUCAAAGCUAUCUUUCUCUCUCUCUCUAGUUGAUCUAAAAUGACAGGAGGAGGAGAUACUACAUUAAGAGAGCUCCAUCAACAUCAAACACCCACAUGGGCCGUUUCUUUAGUUUUUGCGGUUAUCAUUUUAAUUUCUACAAUAUUGGAGAAAGUUGGUCACCAUGUUGGAGAGAAAAAAGAAUGGAUAUCUCAGGUACCAAAGAAUUAGCUGAAACUGCAAUGGAUUAUGAUCGAGCAAAAGAGCUGAAGGCUUUUGAUGAUACAAAAGCUGGUGUCAAAGGACUAGUUGAUGCUGGAAUUGUGAAUAUCCCUAAGAUAUUCAUUCGACCACCUGAUGAGCUUGCUCAGGAGUUGAAUUGCUUUAAGACCCGUUUACAAGUUCCUGUCAUAGAUCUAAGUGGCAUAGAAAACGAUGAUCGACACAAGGAUAUUGUUGAUGAAAUUCGGAUUGCUUCAGAGAAGUGGGGCUUUUUUCAAGUGGUUAAUCAUGGGAUACCCUUAAGUGUGCUAAAUGAAAUGAUCAAAGGGGUACAGUCGUUUCAUGAACAAACUUUUGAGGUAAAGAAAGAAUUUUAUUCUCAUGAUCGAAUGAGAAAAGUGAGGUUGGAAAGCAAUUAUGAUCUGUACCAAUCAAGAGCUGCUAAUUGGAGGGACACGUUGACCAUUAAUAUGGUGUUUUCUGAUCAACUUGACCCUGAUGAAGUGCCCGUGGCUUGCAGAGAUACAACAAUUGAGUACAUCAAGAAUGUUUCAAAGUUAGGAGAUACCCUCUUCGAGUUAUUAUCAGAGGCGCUUGGCCUCAAAGUGGACCAUCUAACAGACAUGGAAUGUUCUAAAGGGGGUACUUUUGUUUGUCACUACUAUCCAGCAUGCCCAGAGCCAGACCUAACCCUGGGGGUUAGCAAGCACUCUGAUCCUGCCUUCCUCACAAUUCUUCUACAAGAUCAAAUUGGAGGGCUUCAAGUCUUGUAUGAAAACCAGUGGGCUGAUGUUCAACCCAUUGUAGGAGCUUUAGUUGUUAACAUCGGGGACCUUCUCCAGAUUAUAUCAAAUGACAAAUUUAGAAGUUCCGACCACAGAGUGGUGGCCAACAGUGUCGGACCAAGAAUUUCCGUGGCAUGUUUUUUCACAGGUGUUGCUGUUCCUGCAAAGCUGUAUGGCCCAAUUGAAGAGCUGAUAUCAGAAGAAAGUCCCCCAGUAUAUAGAGAAUUUCUAGUACGUGAAUAUCUUAGCAAAUUCUUUUCCAGGGCACUUGAUAAGUCUGGGCUUGAUCAUUAUAAGCUAUGAAGCUGCAAAAAUACCAGAGGACUGAUUUCCACAAAUUAUACACUGUAAUAGAUAAAGAACUCUGGUGGAGGACCUCUAUGUGUUUUGUGUAUUUGUUUCCUACAAACUAUUGCAAAUUCUGGUUGUUUAUAGAACAGCCAAAUCAUACAGUAUUAUAAUUAGUAAAUAAUACCAGUUCUGGUAAGGAUUAUUAUUUGU